GGAGUAGAAUUUUUCAGUUGUUGAUAUUCAGAUAUAAUUUUUAAUUUUAAUUUUGAGUCUCAGUGUACAAUUGUAACAUUGAGACUCAGGCACUUUUGACUGAUGAGAUGCAAAUAGGACAAAACCCGAAUCCAGGAUUUUAAUACUAGCCACUAUCUGAAUAUAUUUUAAAUUAUGCUUUGAAUACUUAAUUGCAAUGUAAAGCAUUUAUUCUGUGAAGUAGACAUAUUCCUAGGUCGUUUGAAAAUGUUUAAAUAGGAUGCUUAUCUGGAGACGUUUACUAAUCAUUCUGUUGAAUCUAAUCAACUCUUGGUUCAUUGCUGCAACUGAAGAAAAGCCAGUUCAAAAAACAGAAAAUCUAGCUAUAGGAGCUUGUAGUCAAUAUGAUUCAAAUUUUUGUUCAAGACAAGUAGAAAAUAGUGUUUGUAAUUAUGAGAAAAAUGAAUGUUUUUGUCGGAAAGGAUUUGUUGCAAUUCGUGAAAAUGGUCGAGUAACAUGUAAAACAUUGCUGACCGAUUUAAAAUGUCGGGUAGAUCGUGACUGUGUUCAUGUGAAUCGAAGCAGUUGUCAUCCUGGUGCCGGUUACUGUUCAUGUCCUGGAAAUACCAUAUACGUUCCUGAAAAACACGCUUGCAGGUCACGUUUUACCUAUCCCAGUGAUCCAUUUUGUGAUGUAUGCCUUCAGUUGAAAGGAACUUGUUUUAAAUAUGAAUUAUUUGAAAGAGUUACAACAGAAAAAAGGGUGAAUCCAAAUGGUGUUGGUUGUGUUUGUCCAGAUCAGAAAGUGUCGAUUAGUACAAGAACAAGUGAUCCGUUAAAAUAUAUGUGUGAUGGGAAUUUGGUUGAUAUUGGAUCAGAAUGUGAUGAUGAAUCAUUAUUUUGUCGUUCAAUCAAUUCCAUUUGCAAACCAUUACAAGAAGAACUGUUACUAUCCACUAACCAGUUGCAUAGUAUUAAAAGUAAUCUGUGGUCAGAAAACUUUCCUAGUGGAGAUCAUUUACGCAGAAGUCAAAUUAUACGUACAUGUCAGUGUAAACCAGGAUAUUUACCAGUAUAUCAAAUUAAUUUAAAGUAUAAUGAAUGCUUUAAAAUAUUACCAAUGAAAGCUAAACAUUGUCAGAAAUGUGUUGAUACAGGUGGUCAAUGUUAUGAUUUAAACGAUGAUGGAAUAGGAGAUGGUUGUGAUUGUCCACCUAGUCUUUCAUCUAUUGUCUAUGGAAAAGAAAACACAGAAAUAUAUUGUGGAACAGUUCAUGUAUCUGUCAACUGUACAAAUGGAUAUUUAUCUGUGUGCUAUUAUCCUCAUACCUAUGGACCAUACAGCAGCUUGUUUGAUGAUUUGAUAAAUCACCGUUCUGUAGCCAGAUUAGCAUCCGAUAAUUAUAUGAUAGAUACACUACCUCUACAAAUAUCUGGUUUGUCCAGUGAAGCCAACAGGACAUAUCAUUAUUCAAAUUUUCAAAAUCUUUGUACACUCAAAUCAGAGAACGAUACAACAGAUACUGAAAACACUUUCGUAACAGAAUCAAUAUCAUAUGAUAAUUAUCAUUUACAUGGGGCACAUACAAAAAGAUUCUGUUUGAAUGUUGAUGUUUGGCGAAAAAAUGGACUGUGUGGUAUUAGACUGUAUAAACUUAGUCAUGAUACCGUACAAUAUGAAGGAAUUUUAGAAGUUCUUGUAAAUACUUCAAUACGUACUCCUAGCAGAGAUAAAAUUAUUCCUAUCAAAUGCAUCUCACGAAUACCUAAUAGGCCAAUGAAUAAAAUUAGUGAUGGGAAUCCACAAACAUUUGGUACUAUGAAUCUAGCAAACACACCAACUCAUCCUCAAAUAAGUUUGCGUAUAUUGAAUGAAAGAAAUAAAGAAAUUCUGUCAGCUUUUGUCGGUUCACAUAUACGCUUGGAUGCCUUACUACGUAAUCCCUCAGGAUCAUAUAAACAUAUUGCUGCUGAAUAUUGCUAUGGUAACAAUCGAUCUCUACAUUCUGAUUAUUUCUCAAGUGAUAUAGGCACUUUGCUUAUUGAUCACAGAUGUUUACAUAAGAAACCGUUAUUAACUGCCAAAUUUUCAAGUAUUGGUUUAUUGAAUGGGCAUUUGCAAACAGAAUUAUUUCAAGCUUUUCGGCUGGGUAAUAUGACUUUAGUAUUUUUUACUUGUGUAUUCAGAAUAUGUCAAUUACCUACAGACUGUGAACAGACAAAGUGUAAAACAGAUGAUGGAGUACAAAAAAUUCAUCCAACCGAAAUAAAUGAAAAAGACAAUAUCAUACCAUUUCUAAGUCAAAUUAUAAAUAAUAAUUCAAAGAAUAACUACUUACAUCAUAUCUACAAAGGUGACGGUUACUUUUUCCAUGUUCAAGCAUACGCUCAUAUUGAAGUAAAUGAAAGACACCCUAAACUAACAUAUAGUACUAAUAACAAUGGAUUAAAUCCAAAUUAUUUAAUAUCAAAUCAUCAAUUAGAUAUGAAAACCACUUCAUCAUUACAAUCAACACGUGAUCGAUCAUUAUGUAAUUAUACUUUAUGUUUAACAACAAUUCAUUUAAGUUGGAUAUUACUUGGAUUAUUUAUACUACUUAUUUUAUUCUGUAUCACUUUAAUAAUAAUUUAUCGUAAAUAUCGAUUGUUUUUACAAAGAAGAACAUUGAAUCUUCUUGGAAAACAUCAACAACAAAAUCAAUCUAUAAAAAAAUCAUUAUCAAUUUUAGCAAAAAAUGAUUAUAGUGAACAUUCAAGUCCAUCAAGAAUAUAUAAUCAAGAAUAUUAUCAACCUAAUUAUUUAUUAAAUCCAGAUUUACCAUUUAAUUCAACAUUAUUAACUACAGAUAAUUUAGAUAUGAAAUCAUCUUUUCAAUUAAAUCCAUUAACACCUUCAUCGAUUAUAUCAUCAAGUUCAAUUCAAUCUGUAUUAUCACUACCUCCAUUAUUAACUACAUGUACAAUUGGAUCAUUAAAUCAUUUAAAUGGGAAAUUAAAUAUCUGUGAACCAACUUAUUCUACAAAUAAUAAUAAUAAUAUGACAUUAAUUUUAAAAAAUUCUGAUACAUCUAAACAUGAAACAAUCCUUUGUGAUAAUUCAGAUCUAUUUUAUCAUACAAUAUCUUCAACAAAUUUAGAUCCUUCUAAAACAUUACAUUCUACAACAAUGAUACCGACAUCAAUUACACAAAAUUGUUAUUGUCAAAGUAUGAAUUAUUCACAUUGUCCAUUCUCAUCAUUUAUACAACCUAAUUAUGUAAAUAAUAAUGAAUAUAUAAAGACAAUAUCAUCAGAUGAUUGUUUCAUGAAUUCAUCAUAUAUUUUAAAUGAAGAUUUAUUACAAACACCUAAUUGUGUUAAAUUACAUAAUAAUAAACAAUGUUUAAAUAAUACAGAUAUGAUUGAUUUGUAUCCUAGUACACAUGAUUUAAGUAAUAAGGAAUUAUUUUGUAUACAAAAUAUUCAAUCAAAAUUACUUCAUGAUAAAAAUGAAGAAGAGAAGGGUUUAUGUACAACUUCAAUAUUACCAAAUGUUACAUGUUCUAUACCAAGUAUAUCAACCGGUAAAUAUUUUUAUUCAUUUCAUAAACCUAAAAAAAUUAAUAAUUCUGUUGUAUGUAAUAGUAAAUUAUUGGAUAUAAAAACAUUGAAAGAUCAUUCAAAAUUAUAUGGUGGAAGUUUUAAAACUAAAAAUUCUUCUGUAACACAUUUAACAUCUGAUAAACAUCACCAUCAACAUCAUAAUCAUCAUCAUGAACUACAAUGUUCAGGUUCUAUGAUUAUUAGUAAUAAUAACAGUACAAAUGUGCAAACAGCAAACGUCUGUGAUUAACACUUGCUUUUUUCGUUAGUAAGUUACUUUGUACAGAUAGUUACAAAAUAUAUAUAUAUUUAUAAACUGAUGUGUAUUUUGUACUGUUCUUUCAAAAAACGGUUAUCAGACUAACAAUUUAUGAAUACAGAAUCAAUUCGUCAAAGACUUUUCACGAUAAAAUGACAUCCCUUGUCUCUUAUCCUAAAUUAUUGCUUUUCUAGUCAAACUUGUAAUUUUGUCACAGACAAUGGACUGCUGUCCUUAAGAAAUACAUAGUAUAUUUUUACUUGACUAGGAUGUUUAUCUCUGUGAGAAACGGUUUUUAAGUCAGUCAUUUUUAUGAAAUAUAACUUGAAAUUUCUUAUGAUUUUUUCUAGACUGUGUUUAGACCAUCUGUGAUAGAACUGCCUAAUGAAGCUGAGGUUAUACUUUUCAGUUAUGA